CCGUUCGAAUUCAGUGUCGCAACUUUUUCCGCGCUCGUCUGUGAAUUUGCGUCGUGAAAAAUUGAAAUUUUCCGUGAAAAUCGGCUCAUAAGUGUGAAAAAACCUGUAUCACUAACUAAGCGAUGGCUACCGCUGCUCCGGACGGCUUGGAUGUAACGAAUUUAAAAUUCAAGCUGCAAAAUAAGGUCCCUGUAUUCCGAGGUGACGGAAAUGUGGCCAACAGCUGCAAUCUAUUGGCAGCAGCUAGCGUCCAUGGGCUUGUGUUUGCUGGUACCAAUGGGCCCCAGUUAAGAGUGAUCCAGCUUAAGGAUCUCACUGGACAGAGGAUCAUCGACGACGUUGUUCCCCUGCGUACCGUUCCAUUGCCUAGCGAACCUUAUCAGAUGGCCGUCAGUUGCGAUCAUGCUUUGUUAGCCGUAGACGUCCUCAUCAACGGAGUUUCAUUCAUUCAAAUAUAUUCGGUUCCUUCGUUUUUAUCCUCGUCUGUAAUAAAAUUACACGAGAUUCGAACUUCUCCGGACGAGUGUGUACGAAGUACUCAGCUGCUGUGGAAUCCAGUGCUGCACAAUAUGUUUGCCGUUUGCUGCAAUAACGGCUGUUUGUCCGUGUACACGCUGAAAGAACCGACCGGUAUUGAGUUUCAUUCGCUAGAUAAAAACGAGGGAGCAAUGUGUGGCUGCUGGAGUCCGAAGGGUAAACAGCUAGUUGUCGGAUUCGCGAAUGGAAAGUUAGUGCAGUACAAACCGGAUUUGAAACCGGCUCGCACGAUUGUUUGUCCACAGGGGGUCAUGGACAGCACGUUCAACGUAAUUGCUUUGCAGUGGUUAUCUACUUAUCAGUUUGCAGCUGUCUUUUUGUCCCACGCUGAGGAGAGUGUCCCGGCGCUGUUUGUGGUGAACGCUCCUAAGGUUGGAAAUCCUACAUUUAUAAAUUAUGAUGACAUUUGCUACAGUCAAUCUGGGCCAAGAAAAGGACAAGUUUUUUUGUACCAUAUAAUUCAGUGGAAUUUGCUGCUAAUGGCUUCAGCCAACAGUAUGGAAUUAGGGAUAUUGGGCACAACAGAAACCGGAGAAACGCCUACGUGGUACCAAUGGACUACUACAGACGAGGCUCGUGCAGAGCUUCCCCUAUCCCAAGACAAACAAGAAACUUUCCCAAUUGGAUUUGCUUUUGAAACCGGUUGCACGCACCAAGUGCUGCUUGGAGAACAAAAUCUUCCUACAAUGCCGAUGAUUCAUAUGUUGUCUACCUAUGGAUAUUUGGUAUCAUUCAACGUUCUAAAUCUCACACCGGGCGUACCCAAUCUCUGUUCACCACCAAAACCAACCAUCGACAAUUCUGGGAAGUUUGAAAAAGUAGAUUUUCAAAAUCAACAAACGUCCAAAGCUGCUAGUGCUCCAACAAUGAUCUCGGCUCCUGUACAGCAGCAAUCAGCGGACAUAUCAUUCGCUAUUCCUGCUGGAGCGACAUCUACACCAGCCAUUAACAAGACAAAAUCAUUCUUCAGUCCCAGUGAGAACAAAUCUCCGAUGAAUUUGUUUGGAACAGCCUCAACAAAUGCUAAUCCCAUUGCCCCAACGUUUGGCAAACAGAUUACAUUUGGUGGGAUACCAACGACAAAUGCGCAACCGGUGACUACAGAAAAACCGUUAUUUGCAACAAACAACAGCCCUGCUAGUUUUGGACAAGUGAAUCCUCCAGCACAAAAUCAAUCCUCACUAUUGAAAGCAUCUUUAACACAACCACAAAAGUCAAUAGAAUUUAAUAAACCACUGAUAAAUGUACCGCCAACAUACACACCACCAGCGCCACAAACAGCAAAUCCUGUGCAGCCUUCUGGUGCUUCGCAAUACCAGAAAACCAACCAGAAAAAGGUGGAAACAGUAGACGAUACCAACUCUGUCAUUUGGUCGUUGGUCUCCGAGGAAGUUCGAAAAUUUGAGCGUGAGUUAUUAGAACUACAAAAAAGCUGCAAAUCACUGAACACGGACGUCGGCACCAAGGACGAAUCAGCCAGCAUAAUACGGAAUCUCAAAGAGCUUCAGGAUUUGAGUGUCCAAGCCACCGAAAGCACCGAAUCGCUAACAUCAGAUGUACAGGCUCUUCGGCUGGGUUUGAACGAAGCCUUCGCCAUGGUAGCGGAGGCUAACAGCAAAAAUGUCAUUUUCCAACACCCUAGUCCACACCAAUUUCAGGAAACACAUGCUAUGUCUCACUCGAGUCGGCGACAGUUGGCCAGCUUGCAAAACAUGCUGGCUGUAAAUGAAAAUCAACUACAAAUUGUCAAUAAACAGAUAGAUGCUCAAUGGUCUGCCAUUCAGGAUGCUAUCCGCUUGAAUUCAAAACGACGCAUGCACGUGCCCAGUUUGGAAGUGCUUUAUCAGACACUUUCUAAACAGCAAGAAAUUCUCAACCGUCAACGAGAAAAAGUAUCAUACAUUAAGCAUAAAUUGGGCAUGCGGGAAAGCAUAAGAGGUCUGGAGAAGAGCAGAAAACAAAAUGUGGAAGAAGAGUCCGCAGUAAUUGAUUCAUUGACUGAUUCUAUUAUUUCUAUGUCGAUUGCUGAUAAAGUUCUAGAAAAUACUCAGCGUAUGAGUGGAACUAAAAUGGCUUCUCUUCGUGAUAUAUUGAACAAUCGAAAAAUCGUUAUAAUCAAGCCUGGACGGCCGGAUCGCAUUGGCCUUAACUCAGAAGUUGUUCGUGAACGCCGCAAUGCCGUACGCAAGAUGAAAACAGAGAAGGAAAAAGAACCUCCAAAAAUAGUAACGGAAAAAAUCCCUGUAAAACCAAUGCUUGUUAGAAAAGUAGAAGAAAAGCCUACGCCAAAGCUAGAUUCAAAAACGCCGGUGGAGAAAGCGAAAACCUUCGAAUUACCCAAAGCGACCACCCUUCCUUCAUUCGGUGGUAUAAAACCGCAACCAACUGUUGUGGCAGCACCGAUAGCAAUAUCGGCUGCAAAUCAACAGAAUCAGGUGCCACCGGUUGCAGCCACUGCGGCGGCAGUGUCAACAUCAACUGCCUUUAAUUUCGGUCCACCGAUAACAACCAAAGCAAGCCCUUUCGCAGCAACUAUCAUUUCCGCUUCAACAACGACAACGGUUUCAGCUGCUCCCGCUAUGGGAUCUAUUUUCAGUUUCGGACAACCCACGGUCAAGCCUUUGAACCAGACGACGAAACCUACGGAAAAUACUUUCCAAAAAGAAAUCAAUCUCUUCGGCAGUACCACUAUUAAACCGAUUCCCGCUGUGCCCACUGCGACCAAGGAUAAAGAAAAUCAGGACCCUGUAUCGAAAUCGUCGACCUCCGUGUUCGGAUUUGGUGGAAACACUAUAAUCCAACCAGUUGUUAAAGAACCGCCCAAACCAGUAGUUACAGAAUUACCGAAACCUGCUUUGCCAUCAUUUGGAAAUUCGAGUAAUUCAGCAUUUUCGUUUGGGGCCGCGACUAGCACUCCUCUAACAUUCGGAUCAAGUUCUGCAUCUCAACCACAAUCUCUGCUUUCCAAGGAAAUUAAGGAAAAGGCAUCAGCCGAAUCGAAAAAGGAAGAAAACCCAAUAGUGGAGACUAAGGAAGUAAAACCGGCCCCGCCAAGCUACCAAGCACCCAAAGAGAUUGAUAAAGGCAAAGCCGAAUUUCCUGUUAUAUCCAAUCUUCUGGAAAAGCCUGUGGCUGUACCAGCCAUCUCCGGAACCACUCAGAAGCAAGGACUUUUUGGAUCGGUUCUGACACCAACAGUUGGCACCACCACAAAUGCUUUUGGUAGUUUCAAAUCUGGAACAACUCCAGCGUCAUCAGCAACUACUACAUCAUCUUUCAGUAGUUUACUUUCCGGUACUGGUUUUGCAGGAUUUGGUAUAUCAACAACUGCGUCUACAACUACAACCAGCUCAUCUUCAUCAACUGCUGAGACCAGUUCAACAAUUACUCCGAUAACAAAUGCAGCUACUGGAUUCUCUUUCGGUAGCUUUAGUGCAACCGCAACAGCAACUGACUUAUCAGUGAAGACUAAAGUCGAUCAACCUGAUCCCAAAACACAAUCAGAAACACCGGCAACGACUGUGUCUCUCGGAACAAUUAGUUCGACAAAAACAACAACAGCUGCACCAAAUUUUACCAUAGUAACGAAUGCCCCUACUACAGUGUCUCCAACAGAACCAUCAACGAUAUCAAGCUUUGCGUUCGGUUCUUCUACAUUACCCGCCACAACGAAGUCUUCCGCAUCAGACUCGUCAUCUUCAGCACCUGUAAGCUCAACCGUUGAAGUUACAGCGCCUUCAACAACCGCGGAUUCAACUUCAAAUAUGUUCGGUGCGUUCAAUAUCUGCUCUCCCUCAACUCCAGCUCCUAUGAAAUCUAGCGGAAACAUUUUUGGAAGCACCAGUUUCUCCACUCCAAAAACCGACAGCGCUUUAAUAUUCGGGGGUACUUCUUCCAACACUGGUAGUGCUUUUGGAACCCCAGAAUCUUCGAAGCCAACUUCAAUUUUUGGAAGCACAGUAACAACCACGACCAGUACAACUGGGACAGGCUUCUUUGGAUCCGUGACAAAUAAUGCAGGAACUGGGAACACAACUUUUGGUUCUAGUACUGGGGCAAAUCCCCUCUUUGGUGGCGCUGCUACACCAAGUUCUGGUGGGAAUCUGUUCGGUUCUGUAUCGCCGGCAACGACUAACACGACUACUCCAUCAAUUUUCGGAACAUCAACAGGUAGUUUAUUCGGUUCAACAUCAGUGACCACAGCUGCAAGUAUUUUCGGCGGGACAACUACUACCAGUGCUACCAGCGGCAGUGGACUGUUCGGUGCAGCAGCCGCAACGACUACUCCUGCUGCUGGUGGGUCAAUAUUUGGAGGAGCUUCUGCAACUUUUGGUAGCGGAACUACCAACUCUGGAAAUAUUUUUGGAACGGCGCAACCUUCUACUGGGUUUGGAUCAUCGGCCUUCGGGCAACCAACCUCACCACAGCCAACCACACAGGCCUCCAUUUUCGGUGGCGGCACCAGUGCAUCUGGUUUUGGCAGUUCUGGUUUCGGUAGCUCCGCGUCAGGUGCGGGAGCGUUCAGUCAGUCAAUAGGAGCCGGUGUGGCCCAAACAGGCUUUGGGUCACCCACUUCACCCCAACAGUCGGCCUUUAAUAAACCUGUCUUCGGAGCAGCGGCUACUUUUGGUGGAGCUCCCGCUUUUGGUGGUUCUCCAGGAUUUGGAGCGUCGGCGACUUUUGGCAGUCCACCGGCAUUCGGCGCAUCGUCCGGUUUCGGCCAAGCUGCACUAAGCCCUUCGAAUCAAUCUAACAGUUUGUUUGAACAGUUAGGAUCCACCGGAGGAGGACUAUCCUUCGGAAAUAUUGCCCAACAGCAGAAUCAAAAGCCGUCUCAAUUUGAGGGUUCUUCGUUUUCAAGCUGGCGAUAAGUGGAGCGACAACCCCAUUCGUUGGAGUCGGAUGAAAUGUUGACCUUCACACGCACUCAUGCAGUAUCAAUAAUAUUACCUAUGCAGAAACAUUUCAAAGCUCAGCCGAACUCUAACUAUAAUGGCGAAAACAGUGGAGUUACUCCGUAGAGAAGUGGGCUUUUCAAAAAAUGAUAAUCCGCGCGACACUUUGUGGACACUUAAAAGUAAAAAAAGCACUUAAAAGCUUCUACAUGUUAUACCUCCGGUAAAUGGAAUAGUCUAGUACAGGGGUUUUCAGAUCGUGCUCCGCGGAGCACUUGGUGUUCCGCGAAGCUUUUGAAAGUGCUCCGCGACGUACGCAACGAAAAUCAUAAACCACCUUUGAAAAACUCUGAUAUUUUUUUAUCGUUUCAUUUUUAUCGAAACAUGAGUGUGAAAAAUAGAAUUGAACUGGAUGCACUGGCGUUAGGAG